UCCGGCCUUCGCGCUGAGACACGUUCCAGGCGCGCGUUGAGCUCAUCCCUCGGUCCUGCACUAGUCCACGGUGAUACGUGCCUGAAAAAUCACAAAUCAGUCCCCUCUCCUCCUAUCCUCCACUUCAUUACGACCUUUAUAUUCUCAUUCAUGUCCAAGAUAUUUGGCUCUGCUGCCGCGGCAGCCGCCGCGGCAUCUGUGCCGAGCUUGAAGGGGAGCGUCCACGUGGACUCGCUCGACACCAAGAUCAUACAGUACUCCGCCAGCAUAUUGAAGCUUGAAAAGCUCAUCGAGAGGUUCGCACAACUCUCAUCUAAAACGCUUGUGCAAACAGGUGUUCUCCCGCUUCUCCAGUACAUAACCUUGCUCCCUGGCUCGGCGUUUAACUUGAAUGAUACCUUUGUGAGUCACCUCGCGCGGCUCUCCGAUUGGGAUUUCUCCAGCUUGCCGUCGCCCGGCAUAAAGCUCCCUGGUAGUACCAACACUGUCCAGGUGACAUACGAUGACCGUGACUUCCCGCUCCACGCGUUGCGCGCGGUACCGCGCGCAGCAGACGGCGCGACGGGCGUGCGCGUGCUCGACAAAAUGUGCCGUGACUUGCUAGCGUUGUACGUGAAGCGCUUGACGCUGGCAAAGUCGGAGCGUGCAGCUUACCGCAUUCCCGAUUCUACGGGUGCACCGAUUCCGCUUGACAUUGCGGCGAUCCGUGACAUUUUGGAACCACAAGAGAUCGACGCCGUUUUUGACGACCUAUUCAUUACGCCCGGUGGCGACGACGCGCUCGCAACGCUCCAGGAUAUGGAUUUAAAAGCCUUGAGCGUGAUCAACGCUGCCGUAAACAAAACCGCAGGCCGGUUUAAGGCGGAAUUGGUGCUGCUCACCGCCAUUCGGUCUAACUCGCAGGCCAUCAGGCUGUUGCCGCACUGGGAAUACACGGUACAUCGCAUUGCCGCGUACGCGUUCCGCAUCAAUGACUUGUACAUCUUGGUGCGCCGCGCUGCACGCCGCGCCUACGUUUCGCAUUACGCGCACCUCCACGAAACCAAGUUUCUCCACUACAGCCUGGAUACCCAUGGCUUCCGCGUGCUCUUGACCGCAUGCGACGAACAGUUUAACAACGCGCGCAAGAAUGGCGUGCUCAUUGCAACCAUCACGCGCUUGAUCCGCACUGGCUCCAACUUCCCUGUGCGUGUCGACAUCAUUGCCGACUUGAUGCUGCACCUAAACCAGGGCUAUGCAUUGAUCCUCAAGACGUUGAGCUUGUCUAUGAAGCUUGUUAAGCAAUGGACCAUUGCCGAGUAUCGAUACCGCACGCUUGCUCAGAGAUCGCCGUCGUCCGAGGCUGAUGACACGCUCACGGCAGACGACCUUCCACACGUGAAACAAAGCGAGAUGGAAAGGGUACGCGUGCAGUUGAAGCUUGAUGAGAUUGAGGCUAGAGAGCAAAGCUUGCGGAUGGAAGAGCUUGCCAAGCAAAGCGAAUCGCUUAGGUUGAGUCCCCAUUACAAUAAUCCGGUAAAGGCAAAGGCCCGGCAGGAGCAGUUCAGACGGGAGAAUGAGGUGGCAUCGGUCAGAGAGGCAAAGAAUGGCCUUGAAUUAGCAGAAACAGAGAUUGAGCUGAAAAUAACUCAAACCGACAAAAAUGAGGUGGAUACGGCUGAACUCAGGGUGACUAAAACAAACAUGUCUGAGGAUCUGGAGGCCAAAGUGGCUGUGGAAUCGCCUGGCGGUUCUCCGGAAACUGAAUCAUUGCGUGAAGUGACGCCAGUGUCAGGCAAGUCAGAAGCGUCAGAAACGCUGUCACCCCCUCAAUACCAGCCAGGUAUCCAACCAAAUAUUCAUUCAGAACUUCAAUCUAAGCCUGAAUCUCUCUCAAAUUUGUCGCCCACCCCAUCUACCUCCUCUGCAGACCUGCUAGCUGAAAUCUCCAUUCUACUCGAAAGAUCCAGAUCAGACACCUCCAUCAGCUCCUCCGCCAACAGUGCCUCCUCUGCUUCCACCGUUCCCUUGGCAUCUGUUUCCAAGUCAGAAAUAUCGACUCAACCUGCUCCAUUGUCCACCCGGCGUCUGAGUACGGUCCAGCGGAGACCCAACUCUGUCUAUAUGGUGCCUGCCUCGCCUGAUAACCGUUUUAGCUCACUCACAGGCUUGCCAUCCCCAGCUGCUGCCGGAAUCAAGGCAGCAACGCGUCCCAGGUCCAGCUCCAACCCCGUCGCCCCACCUAGCACCCAGGCUGUUGCCUUGGGAGCUGCUGCCAACGCUUUCCGACCACUAAAGCCUGCGGCCGGGAGCAAUCGCUCACGUAGUUCGUCUUUGACGGCCGCGCCUGCUCCCAACCCGGGCGUGAUCAGACGCAACAGUGUGAGUGUCAAUCCCCUGUCGUCUGCCACGGAACGCUUGCGGCUUCACAUCCAGCAGAGCGCGCGCGACGGGUCCGUAAAGCGGGUGGAGAUUCCAAAGUUUGGCUACUUGAAAACCACAGAAGACACCUUCGUGCGUGCAACUUCCUCGCGUCAAUCACCAGCCGGAAAGGCGCGCUUGCUCGUUCAGUCCAAUCCGCAACCUCUCGCAGCGUCUGUUCUGCCGUUUGUAGAGCCGUGCGUAUCUCCCAGCGUUUCUGCCAACCGAAGCAGAAGUAACAGUGCGUCGCGAGAGUUACCAAAGAUCUUCGAGGGCAAAAGCACUACUCCGGUCUCGCCGACCCCAAUCUCCACUGUAAAGCCCUCUGUGUCCGCCUCCAGAUCCAGAUCUAACCUGGCCGCCACACGCGGCUCCGACAUGAUGGUCACGGUUCCCGAGCCAAUGUCCUUGCCUCCUUCGCCGGUCAAGAAGGUCCGAUUUGUAGGGGUUCCAGAAUACAGUCCGUUGGAAGAUAAGCCUAGCUCAAAGCACGCGAUAAAGGGUUUUGUCUACCAGUCGUCACCCUUUAACGUCCAACAACGUGUCAGUACUGAGACCUCCGCGCGCGUCUAUGGCAGCAGCUAUCAAGGCUUCUCUGCCGCUGCCAAAAUGUCCCCCACAGGAAAGACCUCGAUGAUGGGCUCUUUAACCUCCGGAGAUGGCUUUGGUAACGUCCAACAGACAGGCAGUCUCUUUGCCAAACCAUCUACGAACUCCGGAAAGUUGGCCAAGUUCCGGUCGAAGCUUUUACAAUAAAUCAGUCCAGCAGCUGGUUAGUACCAGUUGAUUUACUGUGGCCCUGCUAUAAAUACUGAAAGGAAUUCUGGUUCCAAUGUAUAUGCAAACAUUGAUGUUUAUGAAUAGUGAAACUGACCUGGAGUUUAUACAUUAAUAGUAAGCGAAAGCUAUUUAUGUGAAGUUAGAUGCUAGAUAUAUGAUCAAGUCAGCACAUAAUGUUUCAGAAUCUGGGUAUGAGAAUGCAGAUAAAUACAGGCUAUACGUUAAAACGUAGUAUCUGCAGGAAAGAAUGUGAAUGCGGUGAAAGAGUAUUAUGGAUACAUCGGUGUUAAAUUAUCUAUUUCUCGUGCCUAUGAUAAGAUAUAACCAG